CUCGACUCCUUGGUUGCUUGGAUAGCUGGGAAGAGCUGGCGGAGCGACACAGACCAUGGGCCGUCGCCCCAACCCUCUCAUCCUGGAGUACUUCUCGCGCGGCCCAAAGCUCCAAGAUGCGAGCAAUCGUUACCAGCACACGUGCAAAUCUUGCGGCGAGAAGUUCCCAAAAGGUCGCUCCGAUAGCCUCUACAACCAUCUUAUCAAGAAGUGUCCUGCCCUCCCACUCCGCGACCGCCAGCGCGCUCUCCUGCAACAACACGAUUUUCCUGAGCUGCCCCUCCCCGACCUUCCUCUGCCCCCCAACGCAUCAACCCACAGUGGCCAGUCUGUGAGCCUGCCCUUUGCACCUUCCAAGCAGGGCCUCUCUGCACUGGAAACUCUUGCUGAAGUGUCCCGCCGACACCUCGAUCUAUCAGACAAACGAACCCCCGCUAGGCAAGCGCGCCACCAGCACCCCCUCCAGCCACUCGUCCAUGAGACUGCCAAUCACGAUUUCGAAUUCUUGGUGGAUGAUAGGCCAGAUGAUGAUACCAGUGCCUUAUCUCAGAGCUUAGACGUCUCCAAUGUGCCGGCGCUGCCAUCGGUAUAUCAGUUCAACGGCCCAUUGCAGCAUUCCCCUAUAGACUCACAACAUAUGGGGGUCAUUGCUCUUGCCGCCAAUGAACUCAUGCCGCUGGCCCACGGUGGUCUUCCUCUAGAAUCUGAACUCAACUUGCCUGUUUCUGAGAAAUUUUUCCACACUCAACCUCGUCAUUGGGCGAACUCGAUUGAUCCACUCCUCCCCGACCAGGAACCAAAAGAGCACAGCGGAUUGCAUAAUGACAUGGGCAGCAAACUCCCACCAAUGCCGCGCCCGAUUGCCAUGAACAACCCGCAGACACAGACGCAUUUCACCACCGAUUUCAGUGUCAACCAAAAACCUCCCAAACCCAAAGUCCGCGGUCGUUUUUCUGAUUCCCGGCGCAAGGAGGUCCAAGAAGUGCGCAAGCGUGGGGCUUGCAUACGCUGCCGCAUGCUGAAAAAACCUUGCUCGGGCGAUAAUCCUUGCAGCACGUGCCAAAACGUGGAAAGUGCGAGGCUGUGGAAACAACCAUGUAUACGGACACGUAUCGCUGAGGAAUUCAACCUUUAUUCUGCAGGUCUGCAUGCCGUGUUAGCUUUCCAUGCUGUCAGCCAAGCCAAAAACCAGAUACGACUCGACCAGACACCAGGUAGGAUCGAAAUUACCCAUCAUCCCGAGUCUGGUGUUUACGCGACUUUUGCGUCUGUAAAGUGUCAAUCACACGCACAAGGCUCUGAAAUCGAUCCUGUCGUUCUUACGUCGAACCUCCCUCCCGAACUUGAAAUUAUUGACGGAGACGAGGAUAUUGCCGGCAAACUCGAUCUUUACAUAAAACAGAUUGGAAACUCUCUGUUAGAACUGCACAGCUCUGACUUCAUGAAAGCCACCAUUCAAGCUGCUCUUAGUAUUCAGACGCAAGGCCAAGAUGGUUUACUCAUGAAGGUGUUGGAGUUGUGGAAUUUGACCUGCAUACUCACAUCGACAACCAAUGAAUGGUUAUUUUUUUCGAACCCAUCUCUAGCUCCAAGCACAGGACCAUCAGUCAUGACUCCAUCCGAUUUGGAAACAAUAAAUCGGAGUCCCAUAACGUCUUCCGAGCACGGAGCAUCCUACGACCUCAUCAAACUACAGCUUAUGGGCGCCACUGAAAAACGGGCAUCUUGUUUAUCCCGUACUGUGAUGAAUGAUCUCGAGCGACGUCUCCUCCAGCGACAACAGGCUAAUCCAUUCGAAACAUUCCUUGUUGCUGUCAUCCUUUUAGUUUGUGUAGAACGCAUGUGCUGGCUCUUCCGCAGCUGGGAGGAUCAGACCAGGGACAAUCGAGAUGGCGACAAUGCCCACUCGCAUGAACACUCAAAUCAACAUUCGGUAGAAGGCGAUAUUGCCCAAGUUCUACAAUCAAUUCCAACUACACAGAACGCCCAGCCGUCUUCAUCCCAGUACCACCACCCGAAAUGGCCCUUCGAUAAACACCCUUCUUUCUACUCACAGCAAGGCGAAAGAUUCAGUGACAUUCUUUUAAUGCUGCUCAAAAUGCGUAGUGUACCACCGAAACCGCAUCCUCGGGAUACAGAUGGAAUGCUUCUUAUGUGGGGCCAUGAAGUCGAUGAUAAGAUUCGCGACUGGUACGAAAAUAUAGGUGUUACAGGUGGCUGGCUGGCUGAAUGCAGCACUGCACAGUUCAUAGGGGUGGAUCCAAAAGAAUGGGAGCUCAAGUAUGCCGGGAAGAUCAUCUCAGGUGUUUGA